AUUUUCAGUUGUCAUUUUGGUUGUCAUUCUGGUUUCUGAAGUUUGUUCGAAAGGAACUCCUGAACCUUUUGAAAUUCAUCAAACUAUUAAAUAUCAAAAGCAGUGCACGGUUUAGAUAAUUCUGAUGGAAGAACAAGAAGAGGAGGUGAUUGAUCUCAUCGAUUUCUCAAGAGCCAGAGAAGGGCCAAACACGAUUAAGCUACACUGCAGGUACACAGGUGGACCAGGCAUUAGGUCGGAAUAUGAAAUCAUGCCGUACACCCCCCGUACACAGUUAGGCGAAAAUGUUCUUAAAUCGUUACUACCAGAUGACCAUACAGAAACGAUGUAUCAACCACCCUAUGACGAAUUGGAGAAAAAAGUGGAUGAUUUUCUGGAAGAAGUGAGAGACAGACGAUCAGUACUUGGUGGAAUGAUCUUCAAGGGUCAGGAAAACCAAACAGCGCUGGAAUUGUUCAUGGAUUGCGUCUCCAAAGCUAAUCACAAAUUGAUGUUCAUAGCCCGAGGUAGAAAGUAUGAAAUGUAUGUUGAUAAUAAUCUCGCGGUUGAAACCUACAACGCCAACUAUACCGUGUUCAUUAAACCGCUGGUGGAUGCAGCAUUUGAGCUACUCCAAAAUGAAUGUUUCAUAAUUAUGCAGACGGUAUUGUACGAAUGUGUAACGGCCAAGGACAUCGAAAAAGCCGAAGACCCUAAACACACCGACUGGGUAUACCCCACAAGGCCGGAAAAUUUCAUCAAAAUCAUUGCACGUGAAACUUGGGGUGGAAAUUCCCACAACAAAAUACUUAUGGAUAAUAUCGAAGACACUAUAAAAGACUUUGUUUAUUCUGAUAGUCUAUCACUUUUGUGUUUUGAUUCUGAUUUUACAUCGGCUGAAAGACGAUCAAUACAUAACAUUUCAAAGGAAUUGAAACUAAGAUGUGAAGACGUUGGCUCCGGUAUUCAGACGAAAACCAAAGUAUACAAACAUCAUUCGCGGGAAGCUCUCGUUAGAAUUUUGCUUAGAAGUAAUUGCGAGAGGACAGUGUACCGAUUGAUUAUUCCGCCAAAUUUUGCAAACCUAUGGUCUCAGAUUUUUAAUCCAAAUGAAAAUUCUUAGAUAGGUGUAGGAAAUAUUUGUGUUAUUUAAGUGGUUAAUUAGUUUAGUCAGUAUUUGAUUGUCCCCUGUUUAAUUUAAAUUUAAAUCCAAAUGAGAAUGCUGAAUCAAUUACACCAAGUGUUUUUUAAUGUAAGUUAAUUUUAAUGAA